AAACCAAAUCUAAUUGGGAGACGGGAGACGACGACGACGAACACUUUUUCCCACCGCGCAUUCAGUUAGUGUUUUCGUGUCGAUUUGGACGGUUCGCUGCACAAUUAUAAAUAAUUUUUUAUUUGAGAGCUUUAUUUAAUAAUUUAUUAAAAACCAACAACAAUAUGGCAGAGAAAAUUUCCGUUUGCAUUGUGGGCUCUGGAAACUGGGGUUCAGCAAUUGCUAAAAUUGUUGGAGCUAAUGCAGCUAAAUUGCCACAAUACGAUGAAAGAGUUACAAUGUUUGUUUAUGAGGAAAUGAUCGAUGGCAAAAAAUUGACCGAAAUCAUAAACACUACUCAUGAAAAUGUUAAAUAUCUACCUGGACAUAAAUUGCCACCAAAUGUCGUAGCCGUUCCUGAUAUUGUUGAAGCAGCUAAGGUUGCCGAUAUUCUUAUCUUCGUUGUACCACAUCAAUUUAUUCGUAAUUUCUGUGCCAGUCUCUUGGGCAAAAUUAAGCCAACUGCCGUUGCCAUUUCACUCAUUAAAGGUUUCGACAAAGCCGAAGGUGGCGGUAUUGAUUUAAUUUCUCAUAUUAUUACCCGACAUCUCAAAAUUCCAUGCUCUGUUUUGAUGGGAGCCAAUUUGGCCAAUGAAGUAGCUGAAGAAAACUUCUGUGAAACCACUAUUGGCUGCAAGGACAUCAAAUACGGCAAAAUUCUCCGAGAUAUUUUCCAAGCCGAUCAUUUUAGGGUUGUUGUUGUUGAUGAUGUUGACGCUGUUGAAGUUUGCGGAGCACUUAAGAACAUUGUUGCUUGUGGUGCAGGUUUCGUCGAUGGAUUAGGUCUUGGUGAUAACACAAAAGCCGCUGUCAUUCGCUUGGGAUUAAUGGAAAUGAUUCGAUUCGUUGAUAUUUUCUAUCCUGGCAGCAAAUUGGCCACCUUCUUUGAAAGUUGUGGUGUAGCUGAUUUAAUUACUACUUGCUAUGGAGGACGUAACCGUAAAGUAUCAGAGGCUUUUGUAAAGACUGGCAAAUCAAUCAAAGAACUUGAAGUAGAGAUGUUAAAUGGACAGAAGUUGCAAGGACCAUUUACUGCUGAAGAAGUCAACUACAUGUUAAAAGCAAAGAAAAUGGAAGAGAAAUUCCCCCUAUUUACUGCUAUCCAUAGAAUUUGCAUAGGUGAACUUAAGGCAACACAACUUAUCGAUUGCAUACGUUCCCAUCCCGAACACAUGGAUCGUUUAAACCCCGCCAAGCUUUAAAAGCAGCUCUUAAACAAUAUUCAUUGAAGCAAUAACAACCAGAAGACACGUUUGGAAUGUUCAAUCAAUCAAUUAAAAAAAAAACUGCUUAAGAAUUUGUGUGCAUCUAUCUGUGUGCAUUCCAUAUCAUUAUUUUGUAAAUAAUGAUGUUUCUGUUAUAGACUGCCUAUUGAAAUUUAUAAAAUUUAAUUGUAUAUAAUUUUUUUUUAUUAUUAUAAUAAUUAAUAAAAUUUAAUAUUCAUACAUUUUUUAAACUAACAUGUUGUGUUUUUUCAAUCAAUCAAAUCAAUCGAAAAACCAUUUCAAAUUUUCAUUAUUCUAUAAUUUUGUGUGUUUCAUGCAAAACUUCUGCUACCUUUCGUUAGGGAUUGAGGUAUUCAGUUGUUUUUUUUUUAAUCCACAUACAAAAAUUUAUACUUGUGUUAUUCAUUCCUUUUUUCAAAAUUUAGACAACUAUUAACUUCCAAUUGGCCUUAAAUCAUAUAAAACUGAAUUUGGAAAACAAAACAAAAAUACAAAAAAUAAAUACAUUUAUACAUUUAUGUGACCCCAAUUAUAUGAUAAAGCGGAUAAACUCAGACGAAAUAGGUAUGAUAUUGGUUUUGAAUCAAAAUUGAUUGCCUUGUUUAUUUUUUUUUUAAAUAUGUUUAUGUUUUGCUAUAUAAAAUGCACAAAACGACAUUGUUAGAUUUUUUUUCUCAGUAAAUUUAUUCACAUGCUCAUGAUAUUUAAUUUUAUUUCGUUUUCCAACAGGCAACAAUUGUAAUAACAACGUUUU